AUGAGCUUAGAAGUUUAUAACUACAAAAUAAUAACGACGAAUACUUCAGAAUUACUUCUUGACAGCAGAAAUUUAAUGGAAAACUUACCGGAAGAAAUUCUUAUAACAAUAUUUAGUUUCCUCAGUCCGAAACUUCUGAAAAUCACAACAUUAGUAUCACGUCGAUGGAAUCAGAUAAUUUCAAAUUCUCCAAAACUAAUGAAGCAUUAUUUGUUAAACAUCACAUCGAGUCGUGGAAAUCUUAAUAAAAUUCCAAACUUAACAAGAAAGAUUGAAUCUUUCCAUAUCGACAAUUUGAAGAAGGAAACUUUCGACAUUUUAACUAUUCAUAAUAUUCGUUCAUUAAUGUUCACUGAAUGUAAACUUGAGAAAUGUGAGCUGAGUGCAGCAUUGAAACCAUUAACUAAACUAGAAAGUUUGAAAUUAUUUGGAGUUAAAUUAAAUGAAUCAACAAGGAAUGCUUCUGUUGGCAUUGUUUACUUAAUGUUCAUCUACAGAUAUGGAAUUGGAAACGAAAAUUUCACGGAUCUAGUUAACUUAAUUAAAAAUCAGCAAUCUCUUGAAACUUUGAAGAUCUUGGAAAACAAUUCAGACGAUUUAAUACAAAAUAAAGCUUUCUUGAAUUUGCCUUUUAAGUUGAAAACAUUUGAGAUUGGGAAAAUCGAAUCAGAUUCGAAUUUAAUGACGUUCCUUCUUCUUCAUCAAGAAAAAUUGAUAAAUUUGAGUUUUAUUUGCAAGUUAAAAGCCCAAAACUUAUUAUUACUUGCUAAAAAUUUUUCACAAUUGGAAAGAUUAACAAUUUCAUGUAAUUUUCAAUGUGUUUCUGAAAGCAAAGUCGAGUUUUCAAGCAAACUCAAGCGAUUGAAAUUGAUAGGAUAUUUGAAAUUACCUCAAGCCCAACAACUUUUCACAAUUUUAUUCCCUUCUGUCACAAAAGUGUGCUUUAAUGAUACAAAAAUUGAUAAAAGUUGUUGCUGUUUCUUACACAGUCACGAAAGCUUUCAAGAAACUCGACCUACAAACAUCGACGAUUUAUUUACUGUUACCUAG